GCUCGUGGGAAACUCGCCGUGCGAAUUAGCCGGGGACAGGGAGCGCCCCGUUCCGCGCGGCCCCACUCCACUCCACGAUUUACAGGCAGCGCUGCCAGCGAGCGGAAUCCGCGGGCUGAGCUAGGGGAAGGAUAUCUCCACCCCCCACACCACACCAGCCCGACCGAAGCAAGCCUUUAAAUCUCACGGGACCCCACGAGCGCCUUCGUGAAAUAUCAGCGAAUACGCGAGCUCGUCGUAACUAGGACACCCCGCACAAGCGGUGUUCACUGUGGGGCCGCUCCAGAAAUCGCCCCUCUCUUCUGGGCCACCUCCGCAUGACGGAGCCGCUACGCUGCGCCCUUAGAUUAAUAAUAGCAACAACAAUAAUAGGUCAUCGCAACCCCCCUCCCCCCCCCCCCACGAGGCAGUGCGCGCCGCGGUAGAGUUGAGCGCUGCUGCUGCUCGUGUGUGCGCCCACUCCAGCGGGGGUGGUGCGCGGGAGGGUUUAUAGGGCGGCUGAGUGACGCGCGGUGACGCGGCUCCCUGCUCGCGGCUCGCGGCGCAAACCUUCAUGAAUUAUACAGAUGAUCCGUCCCGUCGGCCGAGACGAUCCGCUCCGCGUUAGCGCCGAGAAACAAACAGCCAGCGCGCCGGCCGCUCGUAUUUAUACUCCUCGCGCCGCUCCCCUCCGCGCAGACAUGCCGACUGGGAGGGGCGACCCGCGCAAGCCGCGCUCAUAAGCGGCCCUACACUUGAGCUGAGACGUUGCCCAACGAUGUGUUAUUACUGAAUGCUUAGGGAGUAGUGUCGCUGCUGCUGCUGUUGCUGCUGCUGUUGUUAUUAGUAGCAGGAGUGGAGUGCGCUCGACGAGAGUAGGAGCCACAGAGGCGUAAUGCGGUUGAGAAGCGCGUGCAACGCCGGGGUGACCCUUCUCGCGUUGCUGCCGCUGACCGCUUUGGUUCUCGUGAGCGGCGACCCGCUCUUCACGAACCAUUUUCUGGUGCAGCUGCAUCAGGGAGACCUCGGCGUUGCUGGGCAAGUGGCGCGGGACCGCGGCUUCAUCAACCAUGGCCAGCUCCACUUUGCUCAGGACCUCUUCCACUUCUCCCACCCUGCGGCCGCGCGGGCGAGAAGGCGGCGCAGCUUCUCUCACCACCUCCGCCUCGAGAGGGACCCCAGGGUGAAGCGCGUGGUGCAGCAGGAGGGAUACUCGCGAAACAAGCGCGGAUACAAGUCCCUGGACAACUUCAACAUCGACAUGAACGACCCGCUCUUCAGCAAGCAGUGGUACCUGAUAAACACGGGGCAGGCAGAUGGAAAACCUGGACUGGAUCUGAACGUGGUGGAGGCUUGGGAACUCGGCUACACGGGCAAAGGAGUCACCAUCGCCAUCAUGGAUGACGGUAUUGACUACCUUCACCCGGACCUUGCCGCAAACUACCAUGCCGAGGCCAGCUACGACUUCAGCAGCAACGAUCCCUUUCCGUACCCACGCUACACCGACGACUGGUUCAACAGCCAUGGAACCCGCUGUGCGGGGGAAGUUUCUGCAGUCGCCAACAACAACGUGUGUGGAGUGGGAGUCGCGUACAACUCGCGCGUGGCAGGCAUCCGCAUGCUGGACCAGCCCUUCAUGACUGACAUAAUCGAGGCGUCGGCCAUCAGCCACCUGCCCCAGAUGAUCGACAUCUACAGCGCCAGCUGGGGUCCCACGGACGACGGGCGCACCGUGGACGGCCCUCGUGAGCUCACUCUCCAGGCCAUGGCCGACGGCGUCAACAAGGGCCGCGGAGGCAAGGGCAGCGUCUACGUGUGGGCAUCGGGAGAUGGAGGCUCCUACGACGAUUGUAACUGCGACGGUUACGCGUCGAGCAUGUGGACCAUCUCCAUCAACUCGGCCAUCAACGACGGGCGCACGGCGCUCUACGACGAGAGCUGCUCCUCCACGCUCGCCUCCACCUUCAGCAACGGGCGCAAGAAGGACCCCGAGGCCGGCGUGGCCACCACGGACCUGUACGGUAACUGCACGCUGCGACACUCCGGGACAUCUGCCGCAGCCCCCGAAGCAGCCGGGGUGUUCGCCCUGGCGAUAGAGGCCAACCCGGAGCUGACGUGGCGCGACCUGCAGCACCUGACCGUGCUCACGUCCAAGCGGAACCAGCUGCACGACGAGGUGCACAAGUGGCAGCGCAACGGCGUGGGCCUCGAGUUCAACCACCUCUUUGGCUACGGGGUGCUCGACGCCGGGGCCAUGGUGCGCAUGGCGCGCGACUGGAGGAGCGUCCCCGAGCGCUUCCACUGCAAGGGCGGCUCCAUCACCAGCGCGCGCGCCGUGCCGGGCCAGGGCAGGCUGGUGCUGACCGUGGACACGGACGCGUGCGAGGGGCGCGCCGACCACGUGCGCUACCUGGAGCACGUGCAGGUCGUGGUGACGGUGAACGCGACGCGGCGAGGCGACCUCACGCUCAACCUCACCUCGCCCAUGGGCACGCGCUCCCUGCUGCUCGGCCGGCGGCCCCGCGACUCCGACUCGCGCGUCGGCUUCCACCGCUGGCCCUUCAUGACGACGCACACGUGGGGCGAGGACCCGCGCGGCCGGUGGACGCUCGAGGUGGGCUUCGCCGAUGGAGCGGAGGGCCCCGCGGCGGCAGCGGCGGCGGCGCGAAGCGGCGUGCUCUCCGAGUGGACGCUCAUGCUCCACGGCACGCACUCGCCGCCCUACGUGGGCCAGGUGGUGCACGACUCGGGCUCCAAGCUGGCGAUGUCGCGCCGGCAGGAGCUCGAGCAGGAGCUGGGCGAGGCCGUGGCGCGAAGCCUCCGGCGGAGAAACGGCGGCCGCUAGGCGGCGGCGGCGACAACCGAAUGGAGCCCUCGAGCGUGCACGCACGCGCGUGUGCGCACACACACACACACGUACAUUCACACACAUGCACAUAGAGCUUCUGACACGUACGCUCACACACACACGUGCGCGCGCAGUCCCUCACGCGCACACGCGUAAGCUCACACCCACGCUGACACACGCGUACGCUCACACAUAUGUUCUGAAACACAUGUACACUCUUACACACAUGCCGACGCGCACACAGCAACACAGCACACACUUGUCCUCACCCGCGCGCACACACGCAAGCCCACACCGGGCCGUGCUGAGUAGCAAACACCACGCGCAUGCACACACACAUACGCACAUCCAGCCACCGACAUCGCUAAUGUAAUAUGUACUCCGUUUCUAUUGGGCCUAUUAUGAGUAAUAUUCAUGAUCAUAAUAAUCUCUACUAAAGAUGUUUAAUAAUGUGAGUUUUAUUUUAUUCCACCCCACCGGCACAGCUGAGCACCGACUUUUAAUUUGGCUUUGUUCAAACUCGAAUGCACGCGUGGAUAUAUUCCACGGAGGCCAUCAAACAUUUGCGGGACAACUGCCCGCACAAAUGAGAUGAGGAAUUACGUGGCACUUUCUCACGAUUGAAAAACAAUGCGGCCAAAGUAAUAGACUCCACGUCCGGACUGUGCCACGUCUGAUCGAUGGUGCGAGCUAUCGCUUAUUGACAACCCCCCCAUAUUGCCCAUCAACUUUUGUGAUGAUAGCAUUUAGGGCGUUACGUAAAAUAGAUGUUUACUCCUCACUCCAUUCGGGCUCUCCGUGCUCCAGAAAACGCUCCCGCUCGUUCGUAUGUGGGUGUCGUUCCUCCGAUAAGCAGAAACACGCAUCAGUGGUUGGUUAUUUUUGUUUAUUUAUUUUUUGAAAAUCCACAAUACCACUAAUUGUGUGCACAUCACUGCCAUAACCUUUUCCGGUAACAUUCCGGCCUUCAAGAGGAAUUGGCUCCACAAACACUCAUUGCUUAUUUAGCUUUUACAGCCCCACUGAAAUGAGUAAAGAAAUUGAAAUUCGAAAAAGACCUCGAAGGGAAAUAAUCACGCUUUCGAAUUUUAAUAAUCGGCCUUGGCGUAAACGCCUUGCGCUGCUGGUGCCGUCAGCGGAGGGGCUCCUUGCGACUGCGUCCCGACGUACAGUCGGCCUCUGCAGCGUCCCCACACGCCAGCUUCCACAGGCUCUUCAGACGUCUUUGAGAUGGUCCUCAGAUUCAGCUGUGUAAUGAUGGGGCUGUGUAGCCGGGCCGUGGGCACCCAUCCGUGCCGCUUGAGAAGGGGACAGGCAGGUGAGUGGUCACGCGCCGUCAUGCUUCGGGCGUUUCGGCUCCGCGAGCCCACGAUAGCCUCUCGGUGCCGCCGCUGUGGGAGUGGCCCUGCUGCUGGCUGACGGGUCUCCCGCCUGGCCUCCACCGCCAUGUCCCGAUUGUCACAAUCUCAGCCCCUCUGUCAUUUAUAUCGAAAUCCCAUCGCCUUAGGGCCCCGUCCGGUGUUUUCCGCUCACAAUAGCCGCUCACAGUAGGCGCGCACAAUAGCGUUCAAAUUUUCAAAGGCCGCAUAAAUGAGCACGGCGCUCGGGAUUCCGAAGCGUCUUUCCAUCUGGCACCGAUUGCCCGUUGCGUUUUGAGUGCAGAAAAGCGGCAGAGCCGUACUCUGAUCUCGGUCAAACCCCCUUACGAAAGCUCCUGUGGCUCCUCCACGUCAUUCCGCAAUGGUCUGUGCACGCAGGCCAGCAACAGUGUCAGGUUAUGACGAUCGGCGGUAUCACAGACAGAUCCUACGUUACUGUAAAUACUUGACAGUUACUUGAUGAAUACUGCACACACACACACACCGCUGUCUUAGUGUUUCGGCGCAGUGUUUUUAUCACUUCGUUUAUAAAUCUCUUGAGGUUUCGUGAGAGAGGGCCUUCCUCCUCCUAAAAAUGUGCAAUUUUAAGAGACGAGAUUAAAAAAAACGUCACCGAGCCGUGUGCCGGUGCCGAGAGAUGUGGGCUCGGCUUGCAACAGCAUUUACGCUGGAUGUCAAUCGAGCUUAAAUGUACCGAAGAAAACAAUAAAAUUAUUUAUUAACAUUUUGAGAGAUUAAUAUAUUUCAGAAAGAAGGGGGAACCCCCCCCCCCCUAAAAUAUCCUAUAAAACUAUAUAAGUGUACCGUUGUAGUCUGCCUGUCGAAUUAAUAUUUGAAUGUAAACAUGAAGUACCGUAUCGUCGUCUUAACAUGACGGGGAGCAAGACCACUUUAGGCCGUGUUCUCGUUGACCUGUCGCCAUUCCAAAACUUGCCCUCUGCGUUCAUCUCUUCUCGCGAGGUGUGUGUACGAACCUUCUCUCGUCAACCAAAUGUGGCUUUAGUCUCCGUCUAAUUUUUUCCGGCUGCGUAUUUACAUAAAUGUUCCAGUUUACUCUC